GAGAUCAUUCAACUCAACACAACUCUGAGCACUGACUGUCUCAACGAAUUGUGGGAUACAUAUCGACGUCCUCCAUUUACCCGAAAUCUUACUAAACACACGAUGGCCAUCCUCCACGACCCCCUGAAUAGCCACAAAAGCGUCGGAUGAGUGAAAUCGGAGAUGCUGCGCACCACGGCCAAAAUCCUGGAGUUUUUUUGAACAGGACUGUGGGUGUGUGCGCGUCGGGCUCGCCGUUACCUCCGGACUGCACUCACCAACUUUCCCCGCUCUCCAUCAAGUCAUGUCUGAUACAGAGCGAUGGGCAAGUUUGACGACAACGAGAGGAUAAUCCUCAACGUCGGAGGCACCAGGCACGAAACCUACAAAACCACCCUGAAGACCCUGCCGGGGACGCGACUGGCCCUGCUCGCCUCCGACUCGGACAUAGACUCCGUGCUGGAUCAGCUGCAACAAGUCCCCGGCUUCAUCGAGUACAACGCGCGGACGAACGAGUACUUCUUCGACCGCCACCCGGGUGUCUUCGCCUACGUGCUCAACUACUACCGCACCGGGAAACUCCACUGCCCGGCGGAUGUGUGCGGACCGCUGUUCGAGGAGGAGCUCUCCUUCUGGGGAAUCGAUGAGACUGACGUGGAGCCCUGCUGCUGGAUGACUUACCGGCAGCACCGGGACGCGGAGGAGGCUCUGGACGUGUUCGAGCUCAACGUGGACAACGGGGAGGAUGACGACGAGAUAGGGAAGAGGCUCGGCAUUGAGGAUGUGGCUGCCGACGGUAAUGUUAGCCUGUGGAGGAAGUGGCAGCCGGUGAUCUGGAAUCUAUUCGAGGAUCCCUACUCCUCCAGGGCAGCGAGGUUUAUAGCCUUUGCAUCAUUGUUCUUCAUCCUGGUCUCCAUCACCACCUUCUGCUUGGAGACUCAUGAAGCUUUCAACACCAUCAUCAACAAGACCGGGCUGAACAGUAGCGUGCCCGACUCAGGCCCGCAGUACGAGAUUGAAACUGACCCUGCGCUCACCUAUGUGGAGGGCGUUUGCGUCUUCUGGUUCACCAUUGAGUUCCUGGUGCGUGUGACCUUCUGCCCAGUGAAGUUGGAGUUUGUCAAGAGCGUUCUCAACAUCAUUGACUUUGUGGCCAUCCUGCCUUUCUACUUGGAGGUAGGGCUGAGUGGCCUUUCUUCAAAGGCUGCCAAGGAUGUGUUGGGUUUCCUCAGGGUGGUGCGCUUUGUUCGUAUCCUGCGUAUCUUCAAGUUAACGCGUCAUUUUGUGGGACUAAGGGUGCUGGGCCACACAUUACGGGCCAGCACUAAUGAAUUCCUGCUGCUCAUCAUCUUCCUGGCAUUAGGAGUGUUAAUUUUUGCCACCAUGAUCUACUACGCCGAACGAAUCGGCGCUAUGCCUAAUGACCCCACUGGUAGCCUCCACACCGAUUUCAAGAACAUCCCCAUUGGCUUCUGGUGGGCCGUGGUAACCAUGACAACACUGGGCUAUGGCGACAUGUAUCCAAAGACCUGGUCAGGCAUGGUUGUGGGCGCAUUGUGCGCCUUGGCAGGCGUGCUGACGAUAGCUAUGCCUGUCCCCGUCAUCGUCAAUAACUUUGGGAUGUACUACUCCCUCGCCAUGGCCAAGCAGAAGCUGCCCAAGAAGAGGAAGAAACACAUCCCUCAGGCGGUGCUGGGUGGGUCCCCCAUCUACUGCAAGGUCGAUCUCAACACCACCUGCAACAGCACUCAAGGUGACCUGUGCCAUGUCAAAGGAAGUAGGGUACUAGAACGCAACCGCUCAGUUCUGUCAGCAGACUGCAGCGGGGGCAGUGACCUGACCAUGUCUUCAGAGGAGAGGGUCCCCAUGCGAAGGUCCAGUACCCGGGAACAGGACGGCCACAGCGGGGGCACAUGCUUCCUGCUCGCUGCUAGUGACUACACCUGCCCUGCAGACGGAGGGAUGCGGAAAACGGGCUAUGAGAAAUCCCGGAGCUUAAACAACAUAGCGGGCAUGGCUGGUAACGCCCUGAGGUUGUCUCCUGCCACCUCGCCCUACGGAUCGCCCUGCCCGCUGCGGCGCUCUCGCUCCCCUAUCCCCUCCAUCCUGUGAGACGUCUAGCCCCGGGCCACUUUGGCCUAAAGCAUCCCAAAACAAACCACACUCCCUUUGGUAUUAAAUCUGAACUCUGUUCUAGAUGUUGUGACUAGUGGAUGAGUACUUAACUUUGUAGCUAAGACUAAUGUGCGAGGCUUGGGCAUCCUGAGCAACUCCUCACUUUCCCCUUUUUCCUUGAAGAUAGAUGGGCUAAGCUAACAUCCUGAAGUCAGUUAUCCUGUGUCACUUGGGGUUCGAUAUUGUCGUACUUUGAGACUUGCAAUAAAAGAACUCCGACCGCUGGCUUCAGAAGUAGCAGCCAUACACUUUAAUAAAAGGACACAUGAAUAAUCAGGGAUAUUAGAUCUUGCUAUAUUUAGGUACCUUGAAAAAGAUGUGCUUCCAAAAAAGAAAGCAAGCAAGAUGUCACUUCAUUUUAACCUCAUACACAACUGUGACUUUGUCUUUGGUUUGCUAUUUUGUUUUUCGGGGAUGGAGACGGGAGGAUUUGUCUUUCAGGACGAGGUUUUCGACUCACAAGCACACGUUACAGUCCGUCACUCUUCACCUGCUGCUGGGCCUGCUCAUGCUUUUGCAUGGAUCAUCCUAUAACCAUCGUCUGCAAGCAAUGUGGCACGGGGAGAAGGGACCAGACAGUGAGGAGAGCUUAUGGAAAUAUAUGUAUAUAUAUUUGAAGGAGUAUGUUUUUAUGUUGGGGUUUAGUACACUCUACUUGUAUUGUCUCAUUUUGCCAUUGGGCUUCACCACCAAUCCACCGAGGAGACUAAAAACGCUGAACGCCAGCUGGGUGUUUAGUUCUCUCUGCAUGUUUUUUUUUUUUUUUUUUUUGCUUGUCUGCUGCUAUUCCCGAUUAUCUUUCUCCCCACCUCCUUCAUGUUUCGUUUUCUUUGACGGAGCACCACCAAAGCUGUUGUGUCUCUGGUUGUUUACUCACAGAUAACUGCAAAGAGGUUGUCUUUACUGGUUUCACACAAGCAGAGAGCAGCGUUCUAUCUUAAUGGCUUGGGGGGGAAGACACCGCCACCAUGGCGGAAAGGUAACCUUUCCGACCGGGUGUGAGGGUCAGACUGCAGUGCGGAACCCUCUCACCCUUUUGGUCAUCAAUUAACAUGUGUGUUUUUUGUGUAUGCGUACUAAAAACGGGGGUUAUUCAAUAAUCCUAAGUAGAGAUACUUGCGAUGUUAAUGGCACAAUUAAGGGUGCUGCUUGUAGCAUUUUAGUCAGUGGAUAAUUAACACAUAAUAUUGAAACAUAUGUAUAAUUAGUGAAAACAAAUGACACCAUUGUUGAGGAGAAAACGUUUUGCAUUUUGCAUCACAUGCCACCAAAUUUGGUUGGAAAUUUGCACAAUUAACACCCCAUGAGCAGAUUUUGUUCGUUGCAACAACAAAAAAGAAAAAAUAUUUUUUUUCCAUUUCUGCUCUUUUAACUGCACAGUUUCACUUUAUGUCAGCCAUCACUAAGGGCUAUUAACUGCUCUCGAAUCCCCGAACCAGACAGGCUUACCGGAGUUCUCAUAUCAAAUCACAUAUUAAAACCAACGCAGCCUUUUGCUUUGUCAUUUAGUCAUUCACUAGAUUUCAUAAAUUGCUUCUGUGCACCAACAGGUGUGGGACAGCAGACAUAAGCAUGCAGCGAUGUGCCUCACCCAUCCCUACAGUAUGUCUAUACCAGUAGCAGAUGGUUGCUUAGCAACUGGCUCACAGCUAGAUGCAUCUUACACAUAGCUUGGCAAAAAGUCAAACAAUUAGAAAAGAAGAGCUCUUGCAAACAUUUUGCUUUGUCUGCACACCAAAUUGUUAAACCACCCCCACCUAAGCCACUGCAAUAUACAAUAGAGCACCAUAGAUUUGUACUAUGUUCUUAUCUUUUUGUGUGCAUAUAUUGACACAUUUUGUGCAUGGCAAGUUCUUCUGAAAUGAUGCUCAACAAAGACAGAUUAUGCAUUUCUGGUAUUUAGAGAUGUGUUUAUGUUUCAUUUAGAUGAUUCUUUUCCUAUUUGAAUGGCGGUGGGAUAAGUCGUCAGUAUGAGGACCUAUUGCAGUGGGAGGAGCCUAUUUGGAGCCACAAGGCCACUCCUGCAGGACAAUAUGGACCAGAGGGCACGCAGAAACUAUUGUCAGACCGCCGUCCAGCCAAUGGCUCCGUGCGCGCCAGGAAGGAACUUAAAGAACAAAAGGAAAUCCUGGGAGGACUUUGAGAAGUGUUCACCUUUUCCUGAUUUCUCUUUUUGCUUUUCCCGUUGUGGAAUUGUGGAAGGGAAAAAAGCAAACUGGACUGUGUCCUUAAAAGAGACUAUCGACUGUAUAGAUAUUGCUCCUGUAAAAAAAGUCAACAACAGCACAUCUGGGCCAACCGGUUCCGUCCACACGUCUGUCUUUUGAUGGCGAGUCAGGUAACGAGGUGGUUGGUCGCCAAGUUGCACCGUGACACUCAACGUCAAUCACUUUUCUUGCUGUGGUAUCCCUCCUCGCAAUAAGUGUAUUAAGAUGUAUCAGUUUGAGGCACUUUGUGUUCUAAAAAUGGAGUGUAUUCAUAUAUGAAAUUCUACAUACAGUAUAUACAGUAUAGAGAGGCAAACGUACUAAGUCGAAUAAGUGUGACAUUAUGGUCAUCUCUGCUUUUUGUUUCCCUUGGUAAUUUUCAGUAGGCUGCUGUGUGUUAGUGUGUGUGCUUGUGUGUGUGUGUGUGUGUGUGUGUGUGUG